AAUCUGACAAAAUGUGGUUGCUGGGAGCAGUUUGGGGACUGAGGUGUAGGUUAUGUCAGCCUCUUGGUUUAGCAGGUUAGCAGAUGAUACACGUAUUUACCUCGGAAUGGGAGUCUCCGUGUCACUCUCUGUCUGAGCCCAGAUGCCAACCACCAAGGAAGGUGCCCUGAGAUGGGUACUGCAAUGGUGUUAACACGCAGGACGGCAAGACAUGGGCUGGGCAGGCAGGGGAAAAGGGAGAUGGUUUGCAACCUCACCAGCGGGGAUUUGGUGAGCCUUGCUGCUAGGGCUGGUUUUGACUACUAAAUGCAGAAAUGUCUCUAUGAACUGGAAUUCAAGAAUUCCUCCUCCUCAGCUGGACCACUGAGUUUGUGUUGGUUUGAUUUACAAGCUGAUUUCUCUGUUCUGCCAAAAGGCAGAAUGGAUGGGAAAGAUGGGAUUUCGUAGUAUGCAGGGUGGAUAAGAGGUGUUUGUAUUCUGUACAGGGGCAGAAAUUUGAAGCCUGCUUUGUUUAAGCCCAUCAGCUGAGGUGCCAAGAGGAGUGGCUUUUUUUUUUAUUCUUGUUUUAAGGUUCUUGACUUAUUUUUCUGUGGAUAGAGCCUAGGAACAUAAUUUCUGAUUUCUGAAUACCAGUAUUGCAGUUCUGUAUCUAAAAAUUAGGCCACUGCAUCUUUGAUUUGUAUCACUAAAUGUCUGGAGUUUCUGGUUCCCCAGUCCUGUACCUACCUAUGGGGCAUUUUUUUUCCCAUUAAUAUGUGUUGUAGAAUGGAGAGAUUAUUGUUACCUACCAUUUUUGGGAAAACUGUUUCAAGAAAUAAACUAUAUUACGAACAGAGUCCAGUAGAAUAAUUUCAUUCCAAUCCCAGCUAUUUAAUGGUAAUAAGUACAGGGUAUGAACAUUUGCUUAGCUAAAUAUUUUAUUAGCUUGAGCCAUAUUCGUUUGUUGCAGUGAUACAAACCAGCCUUUCCCUCGCCUCAGUCUGUUUUUCUCUCUGGUCAGUGUGUUCUGAUGGACCCUUUAGCAGCAGGAUUUUCUGGUCUGGCCAAAGGGAGCAGCUGGCAUCAAAGAGAGGCAGAGGAACACACACGUCCCUCGCAGGAACAUGCAGCCUGUGCCUUGAGCUUCACCUUCCAACUAGAAACAAGAGCCAUACCUGAGAUGCUGCCCCUCAGACUGGGAGGGUGGUGGUGGGGAGGAGUGGGACAGAGGUGCAGACACAAGGAAGCAGCACUUUGGCUUCGCCAGAGCUGUGCUUCUUGCUUGUCUUACGACUCUGUGUCUGUACUGGUAAAUGCUUGGCUCUGGAGUUGGGAGAGAAAAGGAGCAACAUGCGUGGCUGGGAAGGGAGAGGGAAACUGGUUUGCAGGGAAAAAAGCAGGAAUGCUGAUCUGAGGCCCCAAAUGGAAGAAGGAUGGACUAUUCGUUUCACACAGACGUGAGAUCUCAUCAGAGAAAUUUCGUAAUAAUGAUGUGUAUGCUGUACAACUCUAUGGCUAUUCACAGCAACUCAGUGUAGCUGUAAAAUCGCAGAAAUUUGUUUUGUGAGGCAUCUCACUGGCUUUCAUUGCCAUGUAAUUUCUAUGUUUGUCCUGUAAAUCACAAAAUCUCAAAAGCAAUAUUACUGCAAACUGUCGUGUAACUUAGCAAAUUCCUACAAAUAAGUAGGAGAGUUAAUGCUUAUUAAUUGGUAAACUCAGCGUUCUAAAUUUGUAUUGUUUAAUAACUUACUGUACCAAAUGCCAUUUGUUUUAAUGCAUUUUUCAUAAAUGCAUUUUGCUUCAAAUUAGUGAGGUCUUGGCAAUGUAAAACCUGACUUCAGCAGUGGUUUUCAUAGAGGAGGGAGGUAAUAGUACUCUGCGAGUGGCAUUCGUGGAAAGCCACUAACACUGGAGCAUGAAUUUGUGAACAACAGCAUGUAACUACUGCAAAAGGGGAGGAAUUGGAAGAUUUUCAGUGCACCAGACUCAAAUUUUAACAUCUUUAGAUUUUAAUUGUAAUACCUCUCAAAUGCAUCCUAGUGUUAUUAGUAGGACAGCUAUAACUUCUGUUGUGAGCUUGCUGUAUGUUUUUAAUUAUGAAAGCUAUUUGUAAUCCCUGUUGAGAAGCUUUGCCAACUCAAUUGUUUGCAGCAGCCUUGUGUAAUUUGGAAGAGAGAACAGCCUAAAGAAGCAUCUUUUCUUUGUGCUGGGAAAUUCUAUUCAAUAGCAGCCAACUUAUACAUUGUUUAAAACUCACCAUUUCCCUUCUCUGCUCGUGUUUCAAAAAUAUUGUCAGCAUGCCAAACAAUAAUUGAACCUUCUAAAAACGCUGGCAAGGCUUCAGUUAUAACAUGCAAAGGACUAGGGGAGAGGGAAAACUGGGGGUAGGGUGCGGUGGAGUCCAUGAUGCCUCAGUUAUGUUCGCCCUCCUGGCUCAUGGGGUCAGCUUGCACUUGCCAGGGGUCACAAAGGCCCAGGAGGGGAGAGGCACCAUGUGCUUAUCAUGAUGAGGUCUUCCCUGAUGUGGUUAUAGAGCUAACUGCUUGCCUCUUCGAUGAAUCCCUAAUCACAGACCCCUCUGAAGUCAUCUUAGUGAGUUGUGACCUCAGCUGGAUGUCCAAGGGCGAAACAUUACAGCGGUAGGGUUGUAACUUUCGAGUUUCUCAACUGAUGAGCUGCGAACAGAAGCUCGUCGAAAAAAUCUCCUCAUUCUAAUUUUGCAUUACUUAAUUGAGGAAGGGUAUGUUGAUGCUGCAAAUGCUUUGGAACAAGAGACAACAUUAGGCUUACGUGGCUUUGAAGUUUGUGACAACAUUGAUCUUGAGACAAUUUUGAUGGAAUAUGAAAGCUAUUACUUUGUAAAAUUUCAAAAAUACCCUAAAAUUACCAAGAAAGUCCUGGAUACUGCAGAAAACAAACAACAGCUGAGAACUGCAGGAAAAAACAGAAGGGCAGCAAGCUCUUCUCAGAAUCUUCCAAGGACAAAGCAUCAGACAGUGCAACGACCAUCAUCAAAAACUUCACCUGGGAGGACAACAGAACUUAAAUCAUCCACCAAAGAGAGCCCCAAACAGAAUAAUGACAGUACAGUUACUCCAGAGCAAUCUGACUUUGGCUUAACCAUCUCAGCAAUCAACAAAUCUGGAGGAGCAGGAGAAGGUCCUCAUUCAAAAAGGGACCAAAUAAUUGACUUCCAUGGGAUGGUCCAAGAUGCUAUCAAGGUAUCAACAAAUGGAAUAGCCUUGAACAGUCUUAAUUGGGAUCCAGAUCCAUCGGAACGAUUAUUAAAACCCCUUAGUGCUUUUAUUGGCAUGACUGGAGAGAUGAGAGAACUUGCAACAGUUGUAAGCAAAGACAUCUACCUCCAUAAUCCAAAUGUGAAGUGGGAUGAUAUUAUUGGACUGGAUGCAGCUAAAAGGCUAGUCAAGGAAGCAGUUGUUUAUCCUAUAAGGUACCCACAGCUAUUUACAGGCAUUCUGUCUCCUUGGAAGGGUUUAUUGCUGUAUGGACCACCAGGUACUGGAAAGACAUUGCUUGCUAAGGCUGUUGCCACGGAAUGCAAUACAACCUUUUUCAACAUAUCAGCAUCCACCAUUGUUAGCAAAUGGAGGGGUGAUUCAGAAAAACUUGUCCGGGUGCUAUUUGAGCUUGCCCGAUACCAUGCUCCUUCCACAAUUUUCUUGGAUGAGCUGGAGUCAGUUAUGAGUCAAAGAGGCACUGUUUCUGGCGGUGAACAUGAAGGAAGUCGACGGAUGAAAACAGAAUUACUGGUGCAGAUGGAUGGCUUGGCCCGAUCUGAUGAUCUUGUAUUUGUUUUAGCAGCUUCCAAUCUGCCAUGGGAGUUGGAUUCUGCCAUGCUGCGGCGGCUAGAGAAGCGGAUUUUGGUCGACCUUCCAAGUAAAGAGGCGCGGCAGGCGAUGAUCCAGCACUGGCUGCCCCCUCUGAGCCACAGCGGAGGAGUGGAGCUGAGAACAGACCUGGACUACAGCUUGCUGGGCCAGGAAACUGAUGGGUACUCUGGUUCAGACAUUAAACUCGUGUGCAAGGAAGCAGCCAUGAGACCAGUGAGGAAAAUCUUCGAUGCACUUGAAAACCAUCAGCAAGGUAACAGUAACUUGCCUGUGAUCCGACUGGACACAAUCACAACAGCAGACUUCCUGGAUGUGAUUGCCCAUACCAAGCCCUCGGCAAAGAAGCUGAGCCAGAAGUACACAGCUUGGCAGAGAGAGUUUGAGUCAGUUUGAAGAGAAAAAUCCUAAAAGACUGAGAACUUCAAGGACUUUUGCUAUCCAAAAUGGCAUCUGUGUCAUCUCCAAAGGACUGAAUGGUGAAGGAAGUGCUGUUGUUUUGGGGAAAGAAUGCUGUGAGAAAUGUUGGGUGGAAAUCUUUACUUGGAAUAUACAGUGGGGGAGGGAGGCUUGUUUUUAUUAGCCAUUUUCAAUAACUGUUCAAAAAUAUUCUUUACAGAAUUAAUGUAAUGGCAGAAUGGCAGUUGCUAUGUAAUGAAAACACCAGCCUUAACUUUAUACAUAAAGACUUAAAGCUUGA